UGGUUACCAAGGUUCAUAAUAAAUAUGGCGGAUGGCGGGAGUUCAGAAAGGUUUGAAUGCAAGUGGCUUUAUCUAGCCGUCGAUUCCCCACGGAAUGUAGAUUAAGAUGUGGAAGUGGUGGUAUACAGCAGCAACUUCCUCUAUAGCUGGGCUUUUAUGUUAUUGGAAUUCUUUGUCGGCAGAUUUCGUGUACGAUGACAGGUAAGUGCGUGUAAGACUAAUUUGUGAUUAAUCUGGAACGAUUUUGAGGGUGACUGGUGGAAUUUUGAGGUUCACAGAAUUCAAUUGCUUUUUAUUAAAGCAUUAACAUUUAAGUGACCGACAAUACUGCCGAUCGAAUCUUUACAAUUUCUAGGCAAAUUUGCCAAUGAUACCGAUUCUUUUGGGUCUUUUUAUCGCCCUUUGAAGAAUGUUUCGUGCCAUAAAAAUUCAGAAUUUGCAUUAUCUGCAUCUCUUUGAUCGUUUGCGGGUGCUUCGGUUUAUUUUUAACUCUCGCGGACGACCUAAGGAUCAAGUAGUUGAGCUUAAAUCCAAACUCCUGAUUUAACAAAUAACCACGAAUUUAGAAAAAUUCAUUGGGUUUUUUCUUCGCGAUGAAACACUCUUCUGAUCGAUUUCGGUAAAUUUAGCAGGAAAACAUCUCAAACUGGCGAACCUCCAGAGUUUUUGACAGCCACCUGCAUUACUUACGUUUAUUGUUUUUCUCCUGUUUACAGUGGUGAAUUUUCUUAACAAAGGCAAUCGAUAAAACGAUUGUAUGCAAUAUUUUAGCAAAGUUCAGUGUACAAAAACUCAAAUCUCCAACGAUCGGAAUAACAUUAUCCUAGAGAAAGCCAUUAACAUCUUGAUAACUUGAAAUUCGAGGUUUUCAAUCGUAGUUUGGCAUUCUUUUGGCUAUGAAAUAUUCUCAGUUGGAGCUUCUCAUAUCUUAUUUAUAAAUUUUCAUUGUCAUCGUUGGUUGGAAAUACUGAACCUUUUAAAAUCUUUAAUUGCGAAAACCAUUUCAGUUAUUAUUGCUUUUACUGUAUCCGCUCGUUUUGGCUUUCACUUUGACCUACUAGUAAAUAUGACCAUGCUGAACAAGAGAAUUUUAAACCAAUAUAUGUAGUUAAUAUAUUUUCGUUUUAAAAAUCUCUUACAAGGAAUUCACUAAGCCAAGACUUCUCAAUCAUUUAUAAAGCAACACCAAAAGCAAUGAAAACACUUCUUCAAAGACAGACUCCUCAAAAUUUCCACCUAAAUAGGUUUUUUUUUUUUUUUUUUUUUUUUUUGGGGGGGGGGGGAAUGGUUUAAAAGUUUCCCAGGAAGCAUCAGUAUCAAGUUUUUUUGAGCUUUGGUGUGGAGUGGGAGAUUCAAACUUUGGCGACUUCAGUUUUAGGUCAAAAAGAGAAGUUAUCAUUAAAGUGGAAGAAACAUUUUAAAUUCUCAAGUGCCAAAGUACUACAAUAACUACUGUAGAAUCCAGGGAAACCCAAAAAUAAGGGAAAUGAAAAAUGGUUUGAGCUUGUAGGAGUUCAGGCUCUCAGGAUUGAUGCUGAAUUUCAAUUAUCCUGUUAAAAAUUAAUAAGAUGUUGAUAUUUUUAUCAUUCUUGCAUUAUCGACAGUCGUUUAUGUGCAUUUAGUUUGUUUUUUAACAGGUUUUUGAGGAGCAAGUUUAGUUUAGGAAGUUUACCUAAAUGUAUUGCAUUUUCAUAAAUGUUAUCACUCUUGUUCCCAUGGUGAGUAAAGAUUGGCACUUGUCAUUCAGCUGUGUUGUGACACUUAUUGGCCAACACUUUUAGUUACAGUUCUAGUUAUCAAAAUAAAUUUGUGUGGAGGGAAAGUAAAAUGAGCUAGAGUUAACAGGGAGUUUGAGUUAACCAAGUUCAAGGUAGCUGAUAGAAAUUGACAAAAAAUGGCAUCAAAUCCAAGGGAAAUCGGAUCUUGUUCUAAUUUGUAGGGAGUUCAAGUUAAUUGAGUUCCAGACAGUAAGGCUCUGCUGUCUAGUUACUACCGACAGUUGGUGAGCACUGUGUUUUAAUAUUAAUAGAGAACAAAAUGAAUUCUGUUGUCAAUUAAUCACUGUCAUUGUUCUGUUCUUUUUUUUUUUUUUUUUUUUUUUUUUUUCAAUGCUAGCCGAGCCAUUUUAAAGAAUUCUGAUCUGCUACCUUCAACUCCAUGGAGUAAUGUCUUGUUCAAUGAUUUUUGGGGGACCCCUCUCAUGCAUAGUGGAAGCCACAAGUCUUACAGACCUUUGUGUGUUGCAACAUUCAGGAUCAACUACUUCUUCGGUGAAUUGAAUCCAUUUGGAUACCAUCUUGUGAAUGUCUUUCUGCACAGUGCAGUGUGUUGGCUAGUUGUGACUUUGUCAUAUGUUUUUCUCCCUGCUCACUUUCCAUGUUUAGUGGCCGGGCUUCUUUUUGCCAUACAUCCUAUCCAUACCGGUAAGCCUGAAAUAACAUCUGGUUUGUAAAUUUUAUUUCAUGGGAGGGUUACCUAUUUACUUUAACCAUCUCACUCUCAAAUUUGCUAAUUUACUUCCCACUAAGAAUAAUAAUUAUAUUUAUAUGCAGUUAUGUCUGGCCCAACAGAAUAUGCAAAUAAUGAUAAAGAAAGUUUGUUUAUUGAUUGCUGUUGGCUGCAAAAGUGAUAAAAAUAGUUUUUAUGAGGCUUGAGGUUAUGGAAUAAUUUAUUCUAAAAUUUAUGUUGGAUUAACGAUGUUCUAGACAUUAUUUAGUAACCAGUAGUCUAAAGUAAAUGUGAAACACAUUCUUGUUGUUGCUCUGGAAUGUUAAGCAAAAGUAUUCAAUUGGGUUUACAAAUAAUGCGCUAUAAAUUUAAUUGAUGAAAUGUUAAGUUCUCAAAUUUGUUAUAAAUAUUGUUAGCCUAUUUGAAUACAUAAAUAUUCUUUCAGUAUUUUGAGCAAAUAUCUUUUUUCUGUUCUUGUCAGAGGCUGUCACUGGAAUUGUAGGACGAGCUGAUGUUGAAGCAUGCUUGUUUUUCAUUGCAUCAUUUUUGGCGUAUAUCAAGUCUUACAAGUUAACUAUGAACAGUUCUCAGUUCAGGGAGGUUCGUACCCAAUGGCUGUGGUUGAUAUUCUGUCUUCUGCUGUGUACAGCAAGCAUGUUAAGCAAGGAACAAGGCAUCACUGUGUUAGGAGUUUGUGCUGUGUAUGAGGUUAUGGUGCUGUUAAGCUGUGUCAAGAAUCAGACUAUUUUUGCAACCAUAUCAAUGGUAUGUACUCUGUAGUAAAGAUUCUGUUGUACAAGCCUGCUUGGUUUCCUGCUGCAAGAUAUUUACAAGGUUUUAUUUGCACAAUGCACUUUGAAGAAAUGCUUCACCACCUCAGGAGGAUGCUACAUAAAUUUAUAUUGCUGGUAACCUCCUCUUCAAAUCUGGGAGGAAGAGACAUUAUUCUUAGUGCAAAGUUUCUUUUCUCUUAACACAACACAAUGAUGCCAUCAAGACUCAACGACUUGUGAUUGGGACUCCUUGUAAUUGCCUUUAGGCCUCUUCUUGGUCUCUGGUAUAUAAUAAAAUGAGCCUUUCCAGUUUUCAAGUUUUCAUGCAGUAUAGAAUGCUCACCCUUUCUAGAGUCAUUGGUAAUUUCAUUACCCAUUUCAUACUCUAGGGCUGGAGUGUAACUGUUGUAAGAGAAAAGUGCCAAACAGAGGCAAUGUAGGCAGUUCUGGCUAAUAAACCUAAACCAUUAUAAAUUCAUAGUCCACCAGACUAUAGCUAACUGCAAUAAUUGCAGCACAGCUUAUCUUACUAGACAGAGAUAAAGUUGUAACAUACUGCACUUGUAGCUUGGACUAGGAGUUAAUGUAAAAUUUUGGUUCCUUGAUCAGUACUGUUAACAAGGAACUCUGUCUUCUAUGGUGUAAUUUAUUGCUAUUUUGAGCCCUGACAUAUCUUUUCAUUGUGUUUCCAGGCUGUUAAAAAUGGUCAUGCCUUCCGCUUAUUUUUGGUUGUCACCACAGGACUUGGGCUGUUGCUUCUGAGAAUCUACAUAAUGGGGAGUCAACCACCGGAUUUUUCACCAUCUGAUAAUCCUGCAGCAAACUGUGAUCACAGGCAGACCAGGCUGUUAACUUUCUUGUUUUUGCCUGCAUUUAAUUUCUGGCUUCUGUUGUCUCCUAAAACAUUGAGUUUUGAUUGGUCAAUGGAUUCUAUACCUCUGAUAGAAUCUUUGCUGGACCCACGUUGUGGAGUGAUAGUGGUGUUUUAUGGAACUCUGGCCUUCUUGGGAUUCUACUGUUUAACAAGCUUGGUAUUUCACCUAAAUCUAGAGGAACCUGUCAAAGACAUAACUUCACAAGUGGACCAUAAUGUAAAGCGAAGAAAAGAUGUAGCUGAAAAAAAUGGGAAAAAACCUGUGAAGAAGUCUACAGACUAUGCCAAGCAUUCAAAUGGUACUUAUUCUAAUCCAAGGCACAGCAACAAUAACUUACCAGUCAGCGAAUUUAACAUCACCAACAAGACUUGUUGGAUUGAAACAACACUCAUUUCACUUGCAAUCUUAGCACUUUCUUUCCUUCCAGCUAGUAACCUAUUUUUCUAUGUCGGUUUUGUGGUGGCAGAAAGAAUACUCUACAUUCCAAGUGUUGGAUUUUGUUUGCUGAUUGCGGUGGGAGCAGACAUAAUUUGUAGAGCUUGCAAUGAGCAGCAGAUGAGACUGUUUUGUGGGUCCUUGGUGUGUGUAUUGAUUUUAUCUGUGGCGAGAACUGUGGAGAGGAAUUGGGAUUGGCAAAAUGAAGAAGCACUGUACAGGUAAUUGACAUUUGCACAUGUUAGGUCAUGUCCUUGUAAGUUUAGUAAACUACCAGACAGAAUCAACCUCAGGAUGUGUCACUGCCACUUUUCAUCAACUUGGUUGUAAAGGGUGAAUGACAACAUCCUAAUUCGACUACUGUGCAACCUGCAUUCCAUAUGUACCAUGCCAAAAAAGAUUUGUCACCUGUUUCCUGCAAAGUGCUUCUUCCAUCUCUACUAAAGAUAAGUGUUGAGGAGAAUUAAGAAUAUUCACUAGUUCUGCUUCAUUGACCAAUCACAACAUAUUACUAGCGAUAAAAUUUAAAAUUGUUAUUUAAUUUAAUGCUCAACAGAUCAGGAAUCACUGUCAACCCUGCAAAAGGUAAACAAUUAUUUUGCUUGAGUAUGAUCCUUUAAUUUUAUAUCAGUGGAUAACAAAGAAGGAGAACAAAUUUGAGUGUUAAUUUCCAGCAAAGGCUCAUCCUGUGAUCUUUUUAUUGCUGGCUAGAGAUGUUUUCUUUUUUCACUUCAAUCCCCAGACUUAAGAUACUUUAUCUUUAUCUUUAUUUCCAUGUUGUUUGUAUGGUCUCUUCUUACAGUUAACUCUCUCUUAGUAGAAGGACAAAGAAAUUUCGUCUUUCUUUUCCUUUUGGAAAGGGCUAAAACCUGAGGCAAAGAAGGGUAUAAAUGUCCCCAUCUCUCGUCUGUCCUCUCAUCCUACCCCCAUCCCGAAUAAAUAGACUUAUGCACACAUGUUUCAGUUUGUGCAUGUUAUUGUAAGUUGUAGUUGUUUUCAUUUUCUUUUUUAUGUGGCCAACCCAUCCUGUCUUUCAUUUCCACAUGCUCUUUUAUUUUAACACUUUUUGAUACUUUUGAUAACCAGCUUGGUCAAACCUGGGGAAUGUGCUGAGCUCACAAGGAAGAACUAGAGAAGCUGAAGAUGCUUACAAAAAAGCUCUGACAUACCGUACCAACAUGGCUGACACUCACUACAAUUUGUAAGUAUCUGGAUGUCUGACUAACCUUAAGGUGAUUUCCUGUACAUUUGAAUCAGAUGGGACUGAAGCACGGAUUAGGAAAUGAAGUUUUCCCAUCAUUUAUUGUUAAGUACUAUAAUUGUACAUAUACAAGAAAAAAAAUUCUGUGCUUGAUUUUAAAUUUAAGACCACCCAACCUUAUCAUGUUCACUCUUUCUCAGUUAAGGAAUCUUUGGUUUGUUUUGUUUUGUUUUGUUUGUUUUCUUUUUAUUAUAGGGGUAUCCUUUUAGCUGAACGACAGCAGUACAAUGAAGCACUCAAAAGCUAUGAAAAUGCCAUCCACUACAGGCCAAGACUAGCUGGUAAGAUACUCUAGACAUGGUUGCCUUUCACAGUCAUUGGUUAUGAAAUUAUUAUUAUUUAUUCCCUGACUUUCCCUGAAUUUAUUAGUAUUAAUUAUUCUUUAUUCCCUAACUUUUCCCUGACUUUUCCCUGGCAAACACAAAUUAAAUUUUCCUGACCAACUGUCAGUUAAACAUUUUACAAACAAGUCCAAACAAUGGCUUCCAACCUCUUCUUACAGCCAUACUCUCCCCCCUUAGAUAAUAUGCUUUAGGCAAGUCAUAUACACUGGCAAGUCAUAUACAUUCAGUAUACAUGGUAAUUUAGUAUUAUCAACUGAGUUGAUAAAUGUAAAAUGGCCACCAUUAAGAGUUUAAAAGCUCUGACAAGGGGCUAACACUUAAAGUGUCAGCUUUUAAACUCUUUACAGUGGCCAACUUUGUUAUCAACUCAGUUGAUAAUACUGAAUUACCUUGUUAAACUCUACCCCCUUCAUACAGUAUACAUGAAUUGAUAUUUCAGUUAACAUCAAUUCAUGAGCAUUUGAGAGUUUUUUAAAAGUCUUCAAUAAAUUUUCUAACUCAAUGAGGUCCUUUUAAGUUAUUAAAUCUUUACUUAAAAUUAUUGAAGAUCUUUGAAGCAAUCACCAUUACUGCUAGGUUUUUUAAGGAAAAUACUUUAAUUAAUUGUUCAUGUUGUUUCCUCAAAGCUGCCCAUCUGAAUUUGGGUAUUUUGCUGGCUGACUUGGGACAUAAGGAGGAAGCUGUUAAGGUGGGAAAGGUUUUCAGUAGUGUGUAACUCAGUAAAAAUUAAUUAUGUGUCGGCAAACUUUCUUCUCAUGCAUGUUUCUGGUAUCAGCAAACCCUCUAACUAUCUUUUUAUCAAGUAAAGAUACCUAACUUAAUCUUUCCUACUUAGAUUCUGAAGAAUGCUUCAACCAUAAGUGGUCAUGGGUUAAAGGAUCCCAAACAGCACAGUCAUUCAAGUAAGUACUAAACAUUGAAGCAACUGUGAUCCAUUGAGUGUAUCAUAUGAAUAUGGUGCAACUGGCUCAUUUGCUUUUUACCCAACACAGUUACAUCAAUAAAGUAUAAUCUUGGGCGCAUCUUGGCUCAACUUGGAAAACCAAAGGUUUGUAGCACUUUCUUGGCUCAUAGUGAUUUUGAUUUAAAGAGGUCUUCAGAAUGGUUAUCAUAAUUUGAGAUUUUUUUAACAAUUUUUGACAGGAAGCCCUUAAAGUUUACCUUGAGGCAAUGAAAACCAUGCCAGCUCAUUAUGAGCCUCACAGUUUGUUCAACUUGAUAGGUAAGUGGCUUAAGAGUGCAAUGAUGAAUAGCCAUUAGAAGAAAACUUGGUUGAAACAAUUUAUGAUGACAGUUUUUAAGGUGUUUUAUGCCAUAUUAUGUGAAUAAAAGGUUUUUUUUAAUGAAUGAUGGGUAUUUAAAUUUGUUCUUGUUUCAAAUUAUUCUUCAAAUUAAGGUAAGAUGGUCAAUACAAAGAAACAGAGGGGGGUGGGGUGGGGUAUUUGCUAAAAAAAAAUUUGAUAAGUAUGGGAAGCUAAUAAUAUACACUGUCAGUUGAAUCAUGAUCAGAGAGUUUAAAAUUUGACUUCUGUUACAGUGUAUUCAAUUUGGGGAACCUCCAACACAGUCAUCAAGUGUGAACCAAACUUUAGUCAAAUUGAAUUUUUUAUUCUAGGGGAAGCAUACUCUGCAACUGGGAAAAAUGCAGAAGCUGAGAAAUGGUACAAGGAAUCACUAAAGAGUAAACCAGAUCACUUGUCUGUUCAUCUUACCUAUGCUAAACAUCUUGCUAAAAUGGUAAGUGCAAUGUUGAAUGUCCAAUCAACUAAACCAUGUCCACUUGAGGCAGUUUAGAUUUACUGGUAAAAAUAAAAUUGGUCACAUACAUUUUGCUUUUCUUACUGGUUGUUUUCAGGGAAACUUUCAUGAAGCUGAACAUUGGUUCAAGAAAGCACAAGUUUUGAAUAAAUCAGAUCACGCUUCUUGGACACAUUAUGGUAUGUUUAGCAGCUUACAGGAAAGAUCUUUUAUUUUUUAAAUUUUAAAUCAUUCUUUAUAAAUUUGGGUGAAGACUCAGGGACAGGUUAGCCCAGCAAAAAACGCUGUUUGUGAGAACUGAAAGGAUAAGAUAAUUAUGCUUCUGAUUUAAUUUUUCUCUCAGGGCAGUUUUUGUUUGAUCAAAGGCGAGUGACUGAGGCAGCUACAAUGUUCACUAAAGCCAUGGAAUUAGCCCCCAAUGACUUUGAUAUUGCAUUUACUGCUGCAGGCUAUCUCAGGUACUUUACAAAGUGAUAUUACUUUGAUUCUACUGAAUUCCUUUCUGCAAGAAAGCAUAAUCAUUUCAAUGUGCAGGUGCUCAUCAUCUUCAAAUAUUGUUUUGUUUGUAGGGAAAUUGGAGACUAUGAAAGGGCAGAGAGUUGCUACAAGAAGGCAGUCAAGUUGAAACCACAGGUGGGACACAUCUAGUAAAUAUUUUAGUCUAUUUGGAUUACAAAUCUGCAAUUUUCCCUUGCAAUUUUUGCAAGUCAGUUCCCAAUCAAUCAUCAAAUAAAUUGUGUUUAAGAGAUUCACAACAGCAGAAUACUACAAUACUAUAGUCUAAUGCUCAGUUAUUUUUUCUGAAUAAAAAAGAUACCUUACUUUUUACCAUAUUCUUCCCUCAGAAUCCAGUGGCACAUAUGAAUCUUGGAGCUAUGUUGCACCUCCAAGGUAAACUCAAGGAAGCUGAGAUGAGUUACACUAGAGCUCUGAAGCUGAGACCAGGAGACCAGCUUACAGAAGAAAAUCUGAAAAAACUAAGAACUUUGCAGGCCAAAAAGAAAGUUUGAGUGAUAAAAAAAGAAACAAAACAGAAAAAAACAUGCAUGCGUCAUAGAUUAAACAAAUUAAAGUAUCUUAGAUAGGUAUUUGAUUGGUAGUUUUGUGAGAAACUUCAAAAGUUUCUUCAUUUUUUUAUACUUUUGAUGGUUUUACCUUUUGGAGUGAUUUGAUUUAUAAUAAAGUUUUAGCUUAAUCUAAAAAUUUAAAAUUCUAAUUUAAUUAGUGUCAGAGAAUAAAUUAAACAAAAUUUUAACCAGAUUGAUAUUAGUAG